AUGUCCGCUCCCGCCGCUCCCGCCGCUCCUGCCGCGCCCGCCGCCGGCCUCUCCGCGACGAGCCUCUACUGCGGUGACCUCGACAGCAAUUGCACCGAGGCGCAGCUCUACGAGCUCUUCUCCACCAUCGGUCCGGUGGUGUCCAUCCGCGUCUGCCGCGACCUCAUCACCCGCCGUUCCCUCGGCUACGCCUACGUGAACUUCCAGCAGGGUGCUGAUGCCGCGCGCGCCAUCGACGUCCUCAACUUCAACGUCGUCAACGGCAAGCCCAUUCGCAUCAUGUACUCCCAGCGCGACCCCGCGCUUCGCAAGUCCGGCGUCGGCAACAUCUUCAUCAAGAACCUCGACAAGGAGAUCGACAACAAGGCUCUCUACGACACCUUCUCCCAGUUCGGCAACAUCGUGUCCGCCAAGGUCGCCGCCGAUGGCCAGGGAGUCUCCAAGGGCUACGGUUUCGUGCAGUUCGCCGAGCAGGAGGCUGCGCAGCAGGCCAUCGACAAGGUGAACGGGAUGCUCCUGAACGACAAGCAGGUGUACGUCGGCCCGUUCCAGCGCCGCGGCGAGCGCGGCGGCGGCCCGACCACGUUCAACAACGUGUACGUGAAGAACCUUCACGAGUCUGUCGACGAGGACAAGCUCAAGGAGGUGUUCGGUGCCGUCGGCAAGCUCACCUCCGUCGUCAUCAUGAAGGACGGCGAGGGCAAGUCCAAGGGCUUCGGCUUUGUCUGCUUCGAGGAAUCCGAGGCUGCCUCCGAGGCGGUCGAGAAGCUCGACGGCUACGACAAGAUUGAGGACAAGGCGUGGGUCGUCUGCCGCGCCCAGAAGAAGGCCGAGCGUGAGGCUGAGCUCAAGGCGAAGUUCGAUGCCGAGCGCCGCGAGAGGCUCGAGAAGAUGGCCGGCGCCAACCUCUACAUCAAGAACCUCGAGGACACCGUCGACGACGCCAAGCUCCGCGAGCUCUUCGCCGAGUUCGGCACCAUCACCAGCUGCCGCGUCAUGCGCGACGCCUCCGGCGCCAGCCGCGGCUCUGCGUUCGUCGCCUUUUCCUCCGCCGACGAGGCCACCCGCGCGGUGACCGAGAUGAACGGCAAGAUGGCGGGCACCAAGCCCCUCUACGUCGCCCUCGCGCAGCGCAAGGAGGACCGCCGCAUGCGCCUCCAGGCUCAGUUUGCGCAGCGCGCCGUCGCCAACGGCGGCAUGCCCGGCAUGCCCUACGGCAUGCCCCCCCCGGGCGUGCCCGGUGCCAUGUACUACGGCCAGCCUCCCCCCGGCGUCAUGGGCCCUCCCCAGCCCCAGCCCGGCUUUGGCUUCCAGCCCAUCAUGCCCCCCGGCCCCGGCCGCCCCAUGGGCCCCGGCGGACCCAUGCAGUACGCCAACAUGCCCAUGCCCCAGCGCGGCGGCAUGCCCGGCCAGCGCGGUCGCGGCGGUCGCGGCGGUGCCCAGGGCGGUCGCGGCGCCCGCGGCCAGAACAUGCGCGGUUUCAACCAGAACAUGCCCCCCGCUCCCCCCGCGCCCAACAUGCCCCCCGCUCCCGAGGCUCCCAUGUCCGCCGUCGAGCAGCUCGCGGCGCAGCUCCCCAACGCGUCCGCGGAUCAGCAGCGCAUGCUCCUCGGCGAGGCCCUCUACCCCCUCGUCGACGCCGUCGAGCCCGCCUCCUCCGCCAAGAUCACCGGUAUGCUCCUCGAGAUGGACCAGUCCGAGGUGCUCCACCUCAUCGAGGACUCCAAGGCUCUCUCCGACAAGGUCCAGGAGGCUGUCGCCGUGCUCAAGGCUGCCGCUUCGGAGGACGCCUAAGCGUUCGGCGCGGUGCACCGAGGCGUGCGCGAGGGCUAUUCGUGAGGGCUCUCGCGGGAACUGGGAAACGGACACUGGACGGAGACUUUGCCAGGCGUCGACGCGUCGCACCUAUUACCGCGGCGUAAGACGGAGGCUCCGACGGACCGUACGGGUUUUGGGUUUGGGUUUCGGGAAUGGGAUUAGCACGGGUUAGCACAAUUCUUCGGCCUCGGCGGGGUCUCGACCGGCUGACGAACCCCGGGGAGAGACGAUCUCCAGGGUGUUUGAAAGCCCCGCUCGGGCACACCCCGCCGUGGCCUCCGCCGCGCGCCGC